GCGCUCGCAUAUUCAUCUCAAGACACUGCAGAUAUGCCGAAUCUGACUGAGGGGGCGGGCCGAUUGAUUGAUUGAUUGAUUAAAUGGAAUGCUGCGUAGCUGAUCGAUUAGAAUGCCGGGUGGCUGACUCAAACCGAUCGUGAGUUGGGAGGAGCAGCAGGAGGAGGGCUGGGCAGGUGUGUUUCCACAGAGGAAAAAGAGCGUCUGGUUUUGAGGAACCUUUGUCUUUUCUUUUUUCUUUUCUUUUCUUUUCUUUUUUCUUUUCUUUUCUUUUCUUUUCUUUUCUUUUCUUUUCUUUUUCUUAAGUUUGAACCGCGGCUAAUCAUCAUGGUCGGGAUCCCGGUCAGACGGGGCGUUGUCUGCAACGCCAUGCGCUCUUGGCAUUGUCUCCGUCAGGAGGGAAUCGGAUGCAGACGCCCUCCUACCCGUCGAUCUCCUCCCUCCUCCUCCUCAUCGUCCUCCUCUCCCUCCUCCCCCUCCUCCCCCUCGUUGGCCCAGCAGCAGAGCGGCGGGAGUUCAAUUCUGUGUUCUGAGGCCGGAGAAGUCAUCAUCUCCUCUCCUCUGGGGCCAUCCCAGGUGGCGAGUGUCGGGGACGGGUCCGGUGCGGCGACGGCGGCAUGGAGUUGGCUGCUGUCGGGAGCUCGACCGCGAUGUCCACGUGGCACGUCGACAUUGGCCAGGACCGCUCGCGAAUCUUCUCUGCAAUCUCCUGCGGCGGCGGACAUCCAGCACCUUACCGGUGUCCCCAAGAAUCUGGUCGUGGGAACGAAUCCGACGGUCGUCACACACGCUACUCAUCGGACGGCCAUCGACGGAUGCACAGUAGUAUCCAUAUCCUCCUCGUGUGUUUCUCUCUCUCCUUGGGGAGUUCUUCGGAGACAUCUACCGAGAGAGUUCCCUCCUUCUGUCCCAAGAUUCCCAGCUCCACAGGGAAUGGGACACGUGGCAUCCUUUACCUCCAGCAAGAUGUAUUCAACGGUGAAGUCGGCGACAGUCCUGUUGCCGAUGGCCGGGAGGCGAUUGGCAGGAGGAGGAGGAGGAACGAUCAGACAGUGUGCAAACCAAUCAACUCCAAAAAUGCAUAUCGGGCCAGAGUCAAGGCGAUUUGGCACAACGGGUGCGGCGGUGGCGGCAGGGGGGGAAGUGGUGGUGCCACGUGGGCUGGGGGGAUCGGGAUUGGGGGUUUCCCGCGCACUGCCACGGGGAAGAAUUGGGGAGGGUGGGAGUGGCGCGGGGAUGGCCACGGAGAGGAGAGGGAGAGCAUAUUCGACGGCGACGGAGACGUGGAGCGAGCGGGUGAAGGCAACAAUGCGACGAAUCUUCGGCCCAACAGGUGAGAGCAAGAAGGGAGGCACCUCCUCCUCCUUGUCCUCUGUCAUUCCGGGUUCUGCAGAGAGGACAAGGAAAGCCAUCGAGUCACUCACGAAGAACCCGCCACGUGUUGCCGACGCCGUUCCCGCGAGAUCGGAGUCGUCGGGAUCCCCGCUGGCUCGACUAUCGCCGUCGUCGUCGGUAGGAGGAAGAAUCGCCCCGAGCGCGACAAAGAGCUUAGCGCCACGUGGCACUAAGGGGGCGGCGGGAGGAGGAGUAUCCGAGAAAGCUCUUGCGAUCAUGAAGGGUUGGGGGUUAGCGCCAGCAGUGGCAGCCAAGGAGGCUGGGCUCAAGUAUCGACAAGCUGUGGCGUUACACGUGGAGGGAUUCUGGAAAAGGAAUAACUUGAUUCUGGUGGGAGCAGGUGGAGUGAUCAUUUGCCUCCUCCUUUGGCGGGUCAUGUUCGGAAUAGCAAGCAUAUUCGUUAACUUCUCGGAGAGAAUGGCUAGCAUGGGGUUCCUAGCGCUGGCAGCUGCGAUGGUGACUCUCGGGGGAUUGGGUGUGAGGAGGGCAUAUACCAUCAAUCCUGAUGUGGUGUACAGGAGAGCAAUGAGGAUGAUCAAUACUUCGCCUGCAGUUCUGGAGGUUAUGGGUGCGCCUUUGACAGGAACUGACGUACGGGCGUACGUCAUGUCGGGCGGCCGCCUACGGAUAAAAAACUUCAAGCCAAGGCUGAGCACAAAAAGAGUGUACCUGAUAUUCCCAGUGCGAGGCGCAGAGCGACGUGGACUUGUCAGUGUGGAGGCAAAAAAGAAGAAGGGAAAGUAUGAGUUCAAGUUGGUUGCUGUUGACGUGCCCACUGCCGGAGCGGAGCAACGGUUGUUCUUGAUAGGAGAUGAGGCGAUUUACAAGAGCGGGGGAGGUUUGAUUUCGGAGCUUCGGGAUCCAAUCGUGACAGCCAUGAGAGCUCAGAAGGAAUUUGAAGAUGAAGACGACAAGGAGGAGGAGGACGAUGAAAGGAGGAGGAAAGCGGAAGAGAAAAGGCUGGCGGAAGAGGAGGAACAGAAACUGAAAGAUGCUGCGUCUGUGGAAGAGGCCAUGCGAUCACAACGGAAGCAAGAGGGGGUAGUGGAACAAGUAACAGCAAAGGCUGUGUAGACAUCCAAUGAUCUGCCGAUGGCUGACCGUGGACUUGUUCCUGCUCUCUCAUCCCAGUAUUCAUGCAAAUCAACUCGACUAUCUCGACAUCAAAGAAGCAGUGUAGUUGACAUGGACCGCAGAAGAGCAAUUAAUGUGACACAAAUGGAAGUGAAGAAAGUGAAGUGAAAGGGAGGGGCAAUGGCAAAGGCUGUGGAGGACAGCAGACUGUGUGUGGACAAUUGGUUUUCAGUGUAGUUGUUUUCAACAUCUUAUUCAUUUGGUAGAAGAUGAUGCCAGGCAAAUUUGUAUGUGUAUGUCUGUGUGUGUGUGUGAUGGAGAGAGAGAGAGAGAGAGAGAGAGAGAGAGAGAGAGAGAGAGAGAGAGAGAGAGAGAGAGAGAGAGAGAGAGAGAGAGAGAGAGAGNGAGAGAGAGAGAGAGAGAGAGAGAGAGAGAGAGAGAGAGAGAGAGAGAGAGAAAUGUGGGGGGGGGGGGGAUGGUUAAGCAACGGAGUGUGUUGGGCCUAGCUUGUUAAUAGUAGUUCGCUUAAAGAAAGUUUUGAUUCUAGUGAAGUUCACUUGUAAUGUGUAGUUUGUCAGUCUGUGCUUGGGCAGAUCAUAAUCAGCGUUAUCUUAGUAUGGGGUGCCUUUUGUCGUGCGGCAAGUGUUAGUUUCAGUGUAGUUUGUUCCAUUCUUAAUCGGAGCUGUGGACAAGGCAGCUUGGAUGCUAUAUACUGUCCAACAAAGUUCGCAUUCAAUA